AUGUCUGUUGGCCGAAAGGUAUUCCACUGUGUGGUUGAUGAAACCUGUCUUACCACCAACCUCGGAGAAAUCAAGAAGUGGACGUCGCAGGAUGCUAUUGCCCUCAUCGUGCCGUUAUACACCCUUGAGCGUCUCCAUAUUCUAAAGAAAGGUGGCUCCCAGAGUGGUAUCAACGCGCGCGAGGCCGUCCGCUUCCUCGAUCGUGUUACGUCCGGGAAACAUAACAUUUCAGCUGAGAAGGUAACUCUUCAAGGGCCUAUGGAACAAUUUUCAAGAUGGGGAGAUGCCGAGAAAUACAUUCUUCCUGAAUUCAAAGAAGAAGCCCCUGCUACUCCCGCCCAUGACACCGUUGAAUAUACGCUCAAGGAAGAGAAAUCCCCGGCAGGAGAUAUCCAGCCCAAUGCUCCCAGCGCCCGUGAAAUAAACGACAUGUCGCAGAUGCUUCUGAGCAAGUUGAACUUCAAAAAGGACAAAGAACCGUGCUCCACUUCUGCUGCCUCUGCCGGGACUUCUAGCGGCCCUGCAUCACCUACGUCUGGUGGUUCCCGUGCGAGCCCUGAGUGCUCAUCCCGUCAACUGGAAAAUGAUGCAGUUAACGGUGAAGCAGCUAUUAAUAAUGAGGACCCUAGUGCUAGCGUGAAAUAUGUUGCUCCUGCCGUCCCCAACGUCUUAAAACCGCUCUUGAACGCUGUCCUAUGGCGGUUGCAUGCCCUCCCUACUAUAUCAGCUCCCCAAUCUAGCUGCAUCCUCGUCACAAAUGACAGAGAGACCCAGGUUUGGGCCCAGAAGUUCGGUAUUAUUGUGAAGAAUAUAGCUCAACUCCGCACGUCCAUCAUCUACGAGGAAAAGGAAUUCAAAAAUCAUUGCAAAUAUAUGGAAAAGAACCAGAAGGAGAAUCCGAAUCAAAAUCCGACCGAACCAAAGCCUUUGCUGUCCUACGAGGAUGAGAGUGAUGAGGAUGUUCUAGUUUUCGUGCCACGAAAGCAAGGAAAAGCCGGACAGCAGACACCAGCACGGACUCCCGUCAAGAAUACACCAGGACGCGGCAAUAAAAUGGCUACCAACAAUUCCACUAGCGCUGGACGGCCCAGAGCUCCUUCAACUGCCGCUGAAACUACUCCGCUGGAGGUACCUUCGGCUCCAAUUGACCCGGACUCGUUCAGCCGUAGCAUCGGAAUGACCAAGCAAAACACGUCCCCCAAUGGCAAUCCGUCUCCAACGCCAGCAAACCGCAGCUCAUCCAAUCCGAACCCCCGAGGAAACGGAAAUCGCCGUGGUGGACCUCGCGGUGGAGGUUUUAGGGGAGCCGCACGUGGGCGUGGAAAGCUCUGGGUUCCUUGA